CUCUAAUGGCUGGGUGAAGACAGGAAAACUGUCAGAAAGGCUGAAGUACUGUCAUACUCUCAGUCAUGCUGGAGUGCUUCUCUGAGAUAUUUCUCCACAGAGCAGAGAGUUUGCCUCAUGCAUCCAUGAGAACCUUCUGGCUUCUGCUUCUACUGCAUGCAUUUUCACACCAAAGGGUAAUUACUUUUUGUGACUGUCUCCACUUUAUGCAAUGUAUCAUUCCAUCUCUGAAACUAGACAUCCUCUGCAAUCAGAAGAACAAGAAGUAGGCAUUGACCCCUUGUCCAGCUAUUCAAAUAAGUCUCUAGGAGAUCCAAGUCAAAAUGGAAAAAGAACUAAUUCUACCAUAGACUCUGAAGGAACCUUUAAUUCAUACACGAAAGAAUGGGAAGAACUAUUUGUAAACAACAAUUACUUGGCAACAAUAAGACAGAAGGGGAUUAAUGGGCAGCUGAGAAGCAGCAGGUUCCGCAGCAUCUGCUGGAAGCUCUUUCUUUGUGUUCUUCCUCAAGAUAAAAGUCAAUGGAUAAGUAGAAUUAAAGAACUAAGAGCAUGGUAUAGCAGUAUUAAAGAAGUACAUAUCACUAAUCCAAGGAAAGUUGUUGGCCAACAGGAUCUGAUGAUCAACAAUCCCCUUUCACAAGAUGAAGGAAGUCUUUGGAACAAGUUCUUUCAAGAUAAAGAACUGCGAUCCAUGAUUGAGCAAGAUGUCAAAAGAACAUUUCCUGAAAUGCAGUUUUUCCAACAAGAAAAUGUGAGAAAAAUUCUUACAGAUGUUCUGUUCUGUUAUGCUAGAGAAAAUGAACAGUUGCUUUAUAAACAGGGUAUGCAUGAGCUACUAGCACCUAUCAUCUUUAUCCUUCACUGUGACCACCAAGCUUUUCUACAUGCCAGCGAGUCUGCACAGCCCAGUGAGGAAAUGAAAACUCUAUUGAAUCCUGAGUAUCUGGAGCAUGAUGCCUAUGCAAUGUUCUCACAGCUUAUGGAAACUGCUGAACCUUGGUUUUCUACUUUUGAGCAUGAUGGUCAAAAGGGAAAAGAAACUCUGAUGACCCCCAUCCCCUUUGCUAGACCCCAGGAUUUAGGACCAACAGUUGCCAUUGUUACUAAAGUCAAUCAGAUCCAGGAUCAUCUACUGAAGAAACACGAUAUUGAGCUCUACAUGCACCUGAACAGACUAGAAAUUGCACCACAAAUAUAUGGAUUGCGAUGGGUGCGGCUGCUGUUUGGGAGAGAGUUUCCACUGCAGGAUCUGCUGGUGGUCUGGGAUGCGUUGUUUGCCGACGGCCUCAGCCUGAGUUUAGUGGAUUAUGUCUUCAUAGCCAUGCUCCUCUAUAUCCGAGAUGCUUUGAUUUCUAGUAACUACCAGACCUGUCUUGGCCUUCUGAUGCAUUAUCCACUCAUCGGGGACAUACACUCACUGAUUCUUAAAGCUCUGUUCCUUAGAGACCCAAAGAGAAAUCCAAGGCCUGUCACUUACCAGUUCCACCCCAAUUUAGAUUACUACAAGGCCCGUGGAGCAGACCUUAUGAAUAAAAGCCGGACCAGUGCCAGAGGUGCUCCCCUGAAUAUACAUAAGGUCUCCAACAGCCUGAUUAACUUUGGAAGAAAGCUGAUUUCCCCAGCCUCAGCUCCAGGAAGUACGGGGGGUCCUAUACCUGGGGGCCACAGCAGCAGCUCCUUCUCGGCUGCCAUCCCCACCAGAUCCUCCGAAGAAGCCCCAAGGUAUCAUGUGCAGCAGCAGCAGCAGCAGCAGCAACAGCAGCAGCAACAGCAGCAGCGGCUGAUGAAAUCCGAAAGCAUGCCGGUACAGUUGAACAAAGGCGACGUAGUUACAGGAAGCGGUGCUCAGCUUUCUGUUCCUGUCCAGGCUCUAACUGACCUCCAAGGGCAAAGUUCUAAAACCAUCAGUUCAUCCCCAAGCAUCGAGAGUUUGCCUGGGGGAAGAGAAUCCACUGGCUCCCCACCUUCAUCUGCUACUAAAAAGGAUUCCUUUUUCAGCAACAUUGCACGUUCCCGCUCACACAGCAAAACGAUGGGCAGAAAAGAAUCUGAAGAAGAAUUGGAAGCCCAGAUUUCCUUCCUACAAGGACAGUUGAAUGACCUAGAUGCCAUGUGCAAGUACUGUGCUAAGGUCAUGGACAUGCACCUUGUAAAUAUUCAAGAUGUGGUAUUACAAGAGAAUUUGGAAAAAGAAGAUCAAAUUCUGGUUUCCUUGGCAGGGUUAAAGCAGAUCAAAGAUAUUCUGAAAGGUUCCCUGCGCUUCAACCAGAGCCAGCUGGAGGCUGAGGAGAAUGAGCAGAUUACCAUUGCCGAUGACCACUACUGCUCCAGUGGCCAGGACCAGAGCAACCCAGUUCCCGGGGCCACCAAGCAGGCCUCUUCAGAGCUGCCAGGGUGUGCGGGUGGAGGGACCUCAGAUGACUUCAUUCUGGUUUCCAGAGAAGAUGAGGGGCGCAGUGCCAGGAGGGCCUUGGCAGGCCAGUCCCAGCCUCUUCUCCCCCUCAGAAGCACAUCCGGGAAAAGCAGAGCCCCAGCCUGCUCCCCACUGGUGUUCUCAGACCCGUUGAUGGGCCCCGCCUCAGCUUCCUCCAGCAACCCCAGCUCCAGCCCUGACGACGACAGCAGCAAGGACUCUGGCUUUACCAUCGUGAGCCCCUUGGACAUCUGAACACAGGGACCCUACUAGUGGAGACCCUGCUGGACCAGUGUUUCUUUCCCAGCAUGCAUUUGGCAUUGGCACAACCCUUUGGAACCAUUUAGAAAGAGGUUCCCUCUUUCAAUGCGCUGUGUUCACCAUAAGUGCAGACAGACCUUUCCAGGCCCUUCUGCCCCUGUGCCCCUUGCUCUGAGUUAGGGCUAGCUCCGUGCCCACUGUCAGACCAGACCACAACCGAGCCAGCUGUCUUCCAGGCCCUCCUCCCCAACACCUGUCAGUUACACUUGGAAGGAAGGGCUGCUUUCAAGACUCCCUUUUAUCAAAGCUUCAGCCACGGGAAAAUUGUUGACACUGUGGGAAUCUGGCAGGCGGCCUCAGUCUUGCCUUCAGAAGCCCAACCGCAGACUCACGGCCGCAGAACAAACAGAGUGAGUGCCUCCCGGCCUGGGCUCGUUUCCCAGCCCUGGGUUGAUAAACUUCAGCCACUUCUGUUCCUCUCUGAGAAACUGCAUUUCACCUUCUAGACUCUCCAUAGCCAGGAAGCAGGGUGGCUAUAAGCUCCAGCGGCCUGUUCAGUGAACACAAAGGAAAACCACACUCACACCACCCAGAGCCAGACCCCCAUUUGGAAUUAGAUUUGGAGCCCCUUCCACGGGAGCAGGCUUACUAAAGAACAUUCCAGGUGCCAGAAGAUGCAGAGCUCCUGCUCACCCCUUUCCACUCUGGGCACUCAGUUGUAAACUGCACCCAGGCACCACUGCUAGGAUGGGUCUUCCUGCCGCAUGCCCCUGCCUGGGCUGGCAUAGGUGUGACACUCCUCGGUUAGCAGAGUACAGGGCUGUAUCAGGCACAACACAUCUUUCUUGCAGGGAGAAGGGCUUUCUGUGCCCAAGCAGGUGUUCUGGGGACAGUGGGGAUUGUUGGCAGAGGCAGCCCGUUCUAUCUGCCUCUGUCCCUGUCCUUCGAGGGCAGCAGAGCUCUGGGCAUUGACCCCCCCCCCCAGCACUGUCUUUCUCUGCAGACAGGUGUGCUAAUGUCAGGAUGCUGCCCAUGCUCGAGUCAUCGAUGAGGAUUUCUCCUUAGCUGGAUAGCAGGGCUCAUGACUCACAUGGUAGCAAGGCUCAGCCGUGCCUGGUGAGCUACGCCCCGGCCUCUGCCUAGUCCUCCCAGCACUCUGAGGAGGACUAGUUCGAUGUCCCAUAAAGAUCCUCUGUAAGAACCAGGACCACCACAUGAUGGACAUCCAUCCCCUGAGGGUACCCUUAGACCUAAGAUAGGAAUAUUGACUCACCCCUCCAGCCCGGGGACAGUACUGGCCAUGUCUGUCCCAGCUGGGGCACUGUCCCCAACAUUCCCUUUGCUUUGAGAAUAAGGGUCAUAGCUGAGUAUUACUAGCUAUUCACGGGGCCAAGAAGGUGACAGGCUGAUUCCUUACCAUUUGAAUGGGCAUUUCAUAGUCCCUAACCUACCUGAUAUGCCCCCCCCCAAUCCUCUGCUUGUGUGGGUGCCACAUGAGAGCUCCUGUGUUCACACUGAGAUGUUUCUGUGGUCCCCAGUCAGUCCAUUCUCUGCUUGGAACAAACAGGAAUGGAGAGUGUGGUCUUUUCUAAGUGACUCCGUUCUUCCUGGUUGAACAUUGCGUCCUCUCUGUUACCUACAUUGCUGGUGCAGAAUGCAUUCCUUCCCUGUGAUUUUAUCAGGUACUUCUGUCGAAUUGCACAUUUUAAAAUCCUGCAUAUAUAGAACCUUUUUCUUUAACCACGUGGUAAUCAUCAGUUCUAAUCGCUCAUGUUUUGAUUAUAGCAGCUAAAUACAGUUUUAUAUAUACGCCAAGCUUAGAUUAA